UCAAGAAGAAGACUUCCUUUCUUCCUCCUUGCUUUUUGUACCGCGUCUUGGUCGAUCGUAGCUGCGUGCCGGUCUUCUUCUCUUUCGCCAUUUGAGGGCUCGAGUUUAAAGUUGGAUUUGGCUCUCCCCUACUCCUAUCUUCUUUUUCCUUCCGUCCAGAAGGGUUCUCAUUUCUCGCUGAAUUCCGCGGUGAAGUUGGAUCCUUUUUGAGGUAGGUUCCUGGGUUUUCUUUCUAGAGCUCUCUUGAUUCUGUACUUGAUUUCUGGUUUCCAGCGGUGUGUUUGUCUUCUUUUUGCUGGAAGGAACAAGGAAAAUAUUGGUCUUCUGAUUUAGGAGUUGAAUUCUGCCUGUGAAUAUAGUAGGAAACGAGUUGAAUUGUGAUCGGGUACAUCUUCGAGUACUUGAUGAUUGUUGAUGUCGGUUGUUCAUAUCAUUGACCUGUUGACUGUUGAGCUUGAAUAGCAACUAAGUAGAAUGAUUUCUGGAUUAGUGGUUCCUAUUACUGGAAGCAGCAUCUUACAUGGGGUUUCCUCCCAGUGAUUCUUUGGCCGAGCUAGGAUGUUGCUCUUGUUAAUACUCUUUGCCUAAUGAAAUUUUCUUGUUUGUGUCUCUGAUUUAUUAGGCUGAGCUGCUACCCCUACCGUCAGUAAGAAAUUGGUAACUGUGCUCUUCUAGUCCACAAGGAGAUGGGAUCCGAAGGACCAAAGUCUGUGGUGAUUCAAGUUACUGGGUUUAAGAAAUUCCAAGGGGUUGCCCUGAAUCCCACCGAGACCAUUGUGAAUAGGCUCGAGGAUUACGUGGCGAAGCGAGGAUUGCCUGCUGGCGUUACACUAGGCAGCUGCACGGUUCUUGAGACUGCUGGAGUUGGAGCCCGAGACAUGCUGUACCAGACCCUCGAAUCGAGCACUGCAACUACUGCUGCAAAUGCUGGAAAGAAUGAGCCAGUUGUUGUGUGGCUUCACUUAGGAGUGAACAGUGUGGCAGUGAAAUUCGCCAUUGAGCGACAGGCAGUGAACGAAGCCACAUUUCGAUGUCCAGACGAGAUGGGAUGGCAACCUCAGAAUUGCCCUAUCAUCCUGGAAGAUGGAGGCACUACCUCUGCAAGAGAGACGUGUUGCUCCAUCGACGAAAUCCUGAAGUUGCUGAAGAAGAAAGGCUUCGACGUGACAAUAUCCGACGAUGCUGGCCGAUUCGUCUGCAACUACGUGUACUAUCACUCCCUGUGGUUCGCCCAGCAGAAGGGCCACAGAUCUCUUUUUGUUCACGUUCCGCUUUUCUCGAGAAUUGAUGAGGAAACCCAGAUGCAGUUUGUGACGGCUGUUGUGGAGGCUAUAGGAUCAACAUGUUAAUAAUGUGUACCCAUUGGUAAAGAUCACUCUAAUCUCUUACCCAAGCUUGUGUGGGUUGUUGUACUGUCAUAUUGAGGUGCCAAGCAAAAGCGGCUCUGUUGCCUCACCAUCGUAAUAAUAGAAAAGGCAAAAUAUGAGAUAGUUACCUUUGUUAAAUCUCUCCUCUUUCUGCGUCCGAAUCCGGAGCCUGUCUCUCUCUCACUCAGUAUGACAAGAAAAUUGAUAGCUUGAUAAAAUCCGGCCAGUUUGUUGUACUUGUUUCUUACAAUAUGC